AUCAUUGCUCGACACUCGGGAAUCGUCGCUGUCGCUGUCGUAGUCGCUGCAUACUUUGCUCUAGUCUUUCUUGCUCAGACCAAUACAAUGGCCGCUGUUCGUCCUGCUCUUCGACGCAUAACCCUUCCGGCUCUCUCCCAGCACACCGCGACCGUCAUCUUCGUACAUGGUCUCGGAGACACUGGCCAUGGUUGGGAGCCCGUGGCGACGAUGUUCCGCACUGACCCCCAGUUUGCGCAUAUAAAAUGGAUCCUCCCUCACUCUCCUAUCCGCCCGGUCACUGCUAACAUGGGUAUUGAAAUGCCCUCGUGGUUCGAUAUCUACUCCUUUGGUUUCAAUACCGACGAAGAUGAAAAGGGCAUGCUCGAGUCUGUUUCGGACAUCAAUGCCCUCAUCGCAGAGGAGGUUAACUCUGGCCUUGACCCAAGCCGUAUCAUCCUUGGCGGAUUCAGCCAGGGUGGUACCAUGUCCCUCCUAACUGGUCUUACCAGCGAGCGAAAGCUUGGUGGAUUAGUUGUCCUCAGCGGUUGGUUGCCCUUGAGGAACAAGUUCAAAACGAUGGCUUCCAGGCAUGCUCCUUCGAUCCCCAUUUUCUGGGGUCAGGGAAGUGAUGAUACGCUGGUGCAGCCCAAGUUUGCAUCAGACUCUGCCGAAUUUGUCAAGAAGGAGAUUGGGACCCCUGUCGCUUCUUCUCAGACGUCGCCCAACGGCCUCGCGUUCAAGAUGUACAGAGGCCUCGCGCACAGCGCAAACGAUGAGGAAUUGGCCGACCUCAAGGCUUGGAUAAAGAACGUUCUCCCCACCCAAUAA